CAACACUAGCAAUUUAGUCCACAUUUGUUUGCGCUUCAUUUUCGCAUUCAAUUGUUUAUAUAUUUUGGUAAAUUAUUACCAAAAAGACGGCAUAAAUGUGCAACCAGCUUCGGCGAGACUUUAAAUAUAUUUUCUGCGAACACAGGUGAUACGAGCCUUGUGCGUGUGCCCACGAUAAGAAGCGCCGCGCACAGCACAUGGAGCAGAGCGCGCCAGGGACGCCAAAGAAGCGCAAACACAGCGAGUAUCACGAUCCAGACUACCUCUCAACAGCUGCAGCCAAUGAGGACUGUGAGAAUGCAGCCACCACCCAGCAAAAGCGCACAAAGUUGGAGCCGGAGUCGGCGGCUGAGCAGGAGGAGGAGGAAGAGUUGGUUAAAUCAUCUCGGCCACAGGGCCCCGUGCCAGACACAACGGAACGGUUCGAACGUAUCUAUGAGAUUGUGCAGGUCGAGUUUCAGAGGGAAAUCUCGCUUAAGGAUGAGCAGCUGGCCGAGAUAGACAGACGACUGCAGCAGGCACGUCAUCUGCUGGACAAGCUGCGCUUUGAAGUGGUCAGCGAGUUCUAUCGGAAGCAACAGGUUCCUCUCACGGCCAGCGACGUGGCCAAAGUGCGAGGUGGCGAAACCCUUUUUGGCGAUGAGAGUGCUGGUCCGCAGCUGCCGCUGCAUCCGGCCAUUAAGAAGAUUGUCGGCAAGCGGCCCAUACCCAUUCAGAACCACCUGCCGGAACGCACGGCUGCCACACUGGCCAAGCAGACGAUAAGGCAGCGAAAUCCCGCACACCGUCGGGCCGAGCGUCGCCGACAGCAAAAGAUACGCGACCAGGGUAUUGUCAUUGAUCAUUCAAAGGACCAACAGCAACCAGCAGUAAAUAUCAAGGUGGAGGACGAGCUGCCAUCCACCAGUCGUCAGGCAUACGAGCGACAGCAGCGGCAACAAGUGGAGCUGAAUGCCUCGCGAUUGAACAACAAGAACAAGUUCCACUUUGUGGUGGGCAAUACAUCCAAAUACAUUGGCGGGGAUCAGCGGCAAGGGAAUAGUGGCCAGGCGCUUGUCUACAAAUGGCUAGUCUAUGUCCAGGGCAAAGGUCUACCAAAACCGCUGGAGACGUACAUCAAGAAGGUGCGCUUUCAACUGCAUCACUCGUAUCGGCCCAACGAUAUUGUAGAUGUUUAUGCGCCGCCCUUUCAACUGAAUCGUCGUGGCUGGGGCGAGUUCCCUAUGCGGAUACAGCUGUUCUUCCAGGAUCAUCUGCGACAGAAGCCCGUGCAGCUGAUGCACACGGUCGUGCUGGAUAAGACAAUGUGUGGCCUGCAUACAAUGGGCGCGGAGACUACUCUCGAGAUUUGGUUGAGAGCGGAACAAACAAAGGUCAAGCAGGAACCAUUUGAGGCUCCCCCAGCACCUGCGGUUGCCCCUUCAGCUCCUGCUGUGGCUCCUCCAGCUUCCUUCCCAUCCCCCUUGGAAUGCUUGAAGCCCAGAACGAUAUCCAUCACUCAAAACAAGGAGGAACUGGAUGACAACCUCUUUGCUGGCAUCAACAAGAUCGAAAUGAGCGACGACAUUGAACAGAUUGAACCCACGGUUUUGGUCACGGAGCCCCUGAAGCUCAGCUAUAGUCCCAAAAAGCAGCCGUCCACAGGAACUAUGCAUGCCAGACCGCCGCUGCGGCUCAAUGCAGCUCCCCUAAGCGCCUCGCGUCCAUCUGUCGUCUACCUGCCCGUUCUCAAUGGCAAAAGCCCGAUCAAGAGCGAGAAAUCGAUGCGGAUGCGACAUCCUCAGAAUGGACAUCGUGCCAAGCAGAACGUAGUCUUCCAGAAGGAGGGAAAGCUGUACAUCAUCGAUCCGCAGCAGAGCAAGCUGAAGCAGGCUUCCCAGCAGCGAUCACUUCUAAAGCCGCAAGUUAGUCUGUUGAAGGCGCCGGCGGUCAAUCGACGUCAUCAGCUGCUGUGCAUCCAGCACGAUCAUGGCUAUGCGGACAUGACAAGCGUUUACAUGAAGGAGGAGCUGCAGGAACUGAACAACACCUUGCAGAAACGUUGGUCAGCAUCUCUGGUGACUGCAGCGCCGUUUCGACCCCGGAAACUGGAUCACAUCUUUGGAAGCGCUCAGUUCAAGAGCAUGCGCAGCGCUGUGGAGUUUCUGUUGCGUCGUUUGCCGCUGAUAGGAUAUCCGAAAGUGGAAGAGGAGCCCCCCUUUGUGUGUCCACCCAAUCUGGUGGCCUUCCAGGCACAGCCUGCCUUGCGGCAACGUUGCUACGAGUACCUGCGGGCACGGUAUCUGCGUCGCUGCAUGCUGCAGCACCUGGGAUUACAGCAGAUGCAUGACAGUGGCAAGGAGCUCUACUGGAGUCUGCGUGAGAUCGUAAGCUUUGCCCGUCUGCAUGGGUAUACGCCACCGCUGAAGAUGCUGACACCCUCCGAGAAGAGGCCAGUGAAGCUGGGCGGCGGGGAGCAGUUGGCACAGCGUGUCCAGGAGCAAUUGAAGGAGGAUCCACAGCCGCACCUCUCGGCCUACUGCAGUGUCGGCUCCACAAAUCGUAUGGAUGGUUGGAUAGUGCAGCAAACGGGUCGCCUUCAGGGGCAUGAGCAAGUAGUCGAGGAUCAAGGAUUCAUCGAUGUCUUGGGUGUGGAUUUGUCCAAUACGCGGAACAUUAGUCAGCGUCGUCCACGCUGCGGGCCCGUGGCAAACAAUCGCCAGCUGCUGUACCUGCCGCCGCCGGAGCACCUCGAGACAGCAACGCAGCUGGUCCAGGACAUGUGCAAGGACAUCAACAUCAGCCUCGAGGCGGAAGAGUGUACGCCGGGUGUCUCACAGCCGCUGACCCUUACGCUGCUAGGCCGUGUGUUGGGCAUGUUCGUGGAGCGUCUGGUGCGCCGCUCGAUAGCGGUCAAGCUCCAGCAGGAUACCAUGGAAGAGCUGCCUACGCCGGCCGCCAAUGUGCCGCUCUGCCUGCAGCCAUACGACAUUGGUCGGGCGAUAGCUCAGUGCCCGGAGCUGGACUUCCUGGGGAAUAGUCACCUGGGGGUGACUCAGCCGGGGCAGCCGCAGACCUAGAGCCGUGGGAAUUUAUUUGUUUUUAGCUGCACGCAAUUCACAGUUCAAAUUCUCCUGGGAUAUUAGUCGAUACCUACGUGUAAUUAUUUUAAUGGAUUUUAAGCUUAAAAUAAGUAAUUAAAUUAGUUAAUUUAACAUUC